AGCGAGUUUUUCCUCGGCACGAACCAGCUCUCGCAGCGAGUUUUUGGUCAAGAAGAUGGAGUCGAAGCUGCACUUGGGCCCUGAAUGCACACUCGAGGUAUGUCCUCAUGUGGAUUAUAUGCCACCGACCCCGGCCACCUGUCUCCCAGAAGGCGAAACGGGCUCCGAAGAGGAGGCUGAGAAGGGCGAGAAGGCCAGCAGCUCAAGCUCCAUGCCGGGGUCAAUGCAUAGAAUGCAAUGCGGAAAUUGUGCGUUGGUUUGGCAAGGCUUUGGACAGACUUGUCCCCGGUGCCACCUGUGCCCGGGGAUGGAGAUGAAACAGAAGAAGGAUCCGGUGGACCAUUUGCACUUCGAGCCUCGAGGGGCCGUGGUGGUCGGCCAGUCCCUUCCGCCCAUUCCACCACCCGUGAGGAGUGCUCCGGAAUUUCAUGAAGCCCAACUUCCACCGGCACCGUCCUGGGAGUCUGAACCGAAAUUCCUCCAGUUGGAGACCUUCGGAGAAGAGGACCACUUGGAGAUGGAUGAGGAGGAAACCAUCCAGGACACCAAAAGCCGCAUGGCGGGGCCCUUGCCAACACUGGUUGAACAGACGCAGGUACCACUCGCGUCCUUGGGUUCGAUCUUGCACGGUACCGGCACCUGCAAGCCCUGUGCUUGGUUUUGGAAGCCACAGGGCUGCCGGAACGGCGCGGAGUGCAACCAUUGCCACCUGUGCCCGGCCGGCGAAUCCAAGAACCGCCGGCAAGCGAAGAUGGCGGCGUGGAGGGCGGAGGCGAGGCACGAGGAACCUCAGGUCUCUUGGCGCCCUCCACCGGGCUUGGAGCAGGACGAGCCAGAACCUGUGGUACCAGUGGUCUUGGGCUCGGUGGGCUCAGCGAAGCACAGCACUGGAGAAUGCACUUUGUGUCCGGAAGCAUUCACCCCUGAGGGUUGCCCAAAAGGCCCGCGAUGCGAGAAGUGCCACCUUUGUGCUGCUGAGUUCCGCGCCGUCUACGACGAGCAGAAGAACACGCCCGCUCCGAGCCGCGCCUGCAUCCUGUGUGGCAAGAACCAGUGCUCCUGCCCCCGCAUCCACAUGGGCGUGGCGGCGGAGCGCUUGAACCUGGACGACACGGUCGUGCCCUUGGAGUUGCCCUCCUUGGGCUCCGUGCGUCAUGCCAAAGGAAAUUGCAGUCCGUGCGCCUGGGUUUGGAAGCCGCAAGGCUGCCACAACGGUGCCAGUUGUGGACGCUGCCAUCUUUGCCCGCCAGGUGAGGUGAAGUUGAGGAAGAAAGCCAAGGCUCGCGAAGCCCGCCAUGGGUCCCGCAAGGACUUUUUUUGUUCCUCUUAUUGAGCAGCUGGAGGAAUCCCUUCGAAGCAUCACACUUGGACAAGAACACUUGAGAAGAAUGCGAGCUGAGUAGAUCUUAGGUGAGUAGCUUAGGAGAUAGGUUUAUAUGUCCUGCGUAGGUAGUAGCAUAGGAAUUUUUGCAUCUCCUUAAUUCGCUCCUCUUGAGAGGAGGAGGCAUGCUUGGAUGGAGCUCCCUUGGCCCAGCAAAACUUCCAG